AUGGAAAACUCAUCUUUUCUUUUUGCCCAAAUUUUGACUACAGUCAUAUACAAUUCAACUACAUCAAGAAAAACGAUUAAAAAAGAACUCCCUGACAUUCCAGUUAAUCCAGCUCGCUCUUAUUAUAACAAUGGAAUAAUCUUAUCAGGAGGAUUUUUAAAAGGAAAUCCAUCAAAAUCUGUUUAUUUUUUAUGCUUCACAAAUUUAUCCUACAUCGGCGAUCUCCUUACCUCCCGUGUUUACCAUUCUCAAUUGCUUGUUAACGGGAAGUUAUAUGUACUCGGAGGCUGUGUCGCAAACAAUCUAAGUGUUGCCUAUUUCGAAUGUUUUGACAUUUUAUCCAAAAAAUCCACAUAUCUCCCAAGUAUUCCUUACACAACAAAGCUUCAAUGCAAUUGCUGCCUUAAUGAUAUUAUUUAUGUAUUCGGAGGAGAUCACGACGAAGCCAUAAAAACAAUUGCUGCAUAUACAAUUGAAACACAAGUCUGAAGGCUUAUCCCAGUUAAUUAUUCACGCAUUAAAGGUGGGAUAUGUGUGCCGAUAGACUCUAGAAACAUUUUUGUUUUUGGAGGAUGGCAGAAAACUUCUAUUUAUAAUCAUCAAAGAUUUAUUUUUGAUACCAAAAAUGAAAUACUUUUUGAUGUCAGAUUCCCGAUUGAAGCUGAAGUUUAUUCUUCUUAUUGGUUAGAAGGCAGCAGAUUAUCAUUAAGUGAUGAGCUUGGAAGAAGAAGGAUAAUUUAUAUUGACGAAUUAAGAUGAGAAACUUUGUGCGAAGAAGGAAAAUCACUGUGAAAAGAAAGAAAAGGGAUUAUUUAUAUGCAUAAAUAUUGCAAACAGAAGAAAAUUGAGCAUGUUUUGACGAUUUUGCCUUUUAGUUUAUUUAAAGAAAUUGCUUUGUUUUUGUAA